UCACUGCACUCGCGUGCACUUGUCCAUUCCUCCACCGGCUGCCUUCCGCACAGCAUCUCCACUUGUAACUCGCUCGUGUACUUCUGUGAUCAACUCUGAACUUGCCUAUGUGAUCAGAGGAAACAUUUUGUGUGAAUAAAGUGUAUUAUUACUGAUCAAAUUGAUCAGCAAGUAUUAAAUUUGAAGUUGUGGUAUAAACUCAACAAUGAAGCCAAAUGGGUGGCAAGAAAGCAGUGGAGAAAAUAUGGAUUCAAAACAAUUGAAACGACAGAGAAGGAGUAACAAACCAGCGAUGGAGCGACGAAGACGGGAAAGAAUCAACGGAUGUCUGGAACAGCUGAAAAACCACGUGCUCGUUGCCGAAGGCAAAGACCCAGCCCGAUAUACCAAGGUGGAAAAAGCUGAUAUUCUGGAAAUGACGGUACGGUUUCUGACGGGGAGCAACCGUAGAAACGGCAACCCGCGAAAUACGCCAGGCUCUUCCAAGGAGUACGAGAGCGGCUACGAGGCUUGUAUGAACAACAUCAGACAAAUGCUCAGCUCCAAUGAGACGAUCCUUCCUGAAACUAGAGAGAGCAUAUUGAAGUGUCUUCAAGUAAAUCCUGCUAAUAAAAACACAGGUGAACCCACCACCCAUGACACCUGCUGCUCGACUAGCCCUGCCAACUGCAUCACCAUUCACAGCAGAUUGCCGGGUGGGGUACAUCGAGCAAAACUUGCCAUAAAAUGCUCCUCUCGUGCACACCAGCAAACAGUAUAUAUUCCACCCAGUAAUACUUGGUCACCUCCUGUUGAUGCCUCACCAAACAUGGUUGGUCUUUGCUCACCGCCAUCAACCCCAGAAUCUUUCAGGGCUCAAAGCCCUGCUUCGUUUAACUCCAGCCUUGUGUCCACAGUGCUACAGCCUCACGAUCCAAAUACUGGCAAAGUUUCAAAAAAUUUCGCAAAUAGAAACUAUUCUGUAAUACCUUUAGAAAACGUCCGAAAUAACAAUCCCAACCCAUCCAAACAAUAUCCCAUGAUCAUCUACUCAGCAGGAGAAACAAUUCGCUCGCCAUCCCCUCUAUCAGACGACCUUAAAAUUCGAUUGACCGAUCCUUGCGCUGUUACAAAUAACAUUUUGACUUCUUACCAACCGACAAGCUUUUACCCGGAACCUCAAUCGGUCCCAUUGAAUUUGAGUGCCCCGAAACCUAAGAUCAAGAAGGAAGAGGAAGUGGUCGCUCGCCCUCAAUACUUUGAGCGAAACUCAGCCGAGCGCGACGGCACACUUGUAGGUCCCGUGCUGCUGUCUCAGCAGGAGCUUCACAUGAUGGAAACCGGGGAGCACUGGAGACCCUGGUUCAAUUAGACUUUUUCAGAGGUCCUUCGUUUAUUGUAUUAAACAUUUUUCUUCUUCAGGCACUAUUAAGAUUUUUAUUACACAUAGUAGGACUUUUUUGUAUGCGAUUAAUUUGAAAUGACAGAAGAGUCAACCAACCAAAUAUUUAGUCGUUUUAGAAGUAAUUCUCGAGUCCUGCUGUCUUGUCAACUAAAGUAGGACAUCUUUCAUAUAUAAGCUAUGAUCUAAGAUCUCCUGAAACAGACGAGCAUUACUAAAGUAGAGCGUCAUGUUUUUAGUCAAUAUUUUUCCAAUUUAUUCAAUGGCAAGCAUUAUGAGCUAAUUAUGUGAAGCACAAUUCAGUUCAAUUCGUAACUGAAUCUUGGCAUCCGACUUAGUCUAAAUGAAAGUUAGUCGAUAUUGGCAUUUUAGACCGUUACGUCAUCUUAAUGGUUUUAGGGUUCUGCUCAAUUAACUUUUUACGCGAUUAAGAUGGACAGGAACUUUAAAAAUAAUUUAAGAUGGACAAAAAUUUUGAAAAUA